AUGUACCUGGUCCUUAGGAGUGAUCUGUUCCGGUCUGCUCUUUGCAUUAUUGAUGACAGAGAGACUCUGAAAGGUCAUCAGCACCAUGAGCCAGCCUCAAAUGCCUCCUUCAAACAGAGGCUUGUACACCAGGCCUGGCCCUAUGAUUCUCGUUUAGUGAGUUUGGGAUUUAAUGAGACUCAUCUUGUGAUUCAACUGACUUUGGAGCUUUGA